CCUCUACUCUUACUUCUCUCUCUGUUCAGUCUCUUCAAAUAAGCAUAAUUAACUCUUUCCUUCAUCCAUUCAUAUGCUUUAAUCUUUUUUUACUUAAAGUGUGGUGGAGCGUAUAUAUAACCAGAAUAAUGGGCAUAUGCAGUUCAUACGAAUCGACAUCAGUUGCUACUGUCAAAUUAAUACUACAUGACGGAAGGUUACAAGAGUUCUCUUAUCCAGUGAAGGCUUCAUACUUGUUACAAAAUGACCCUACAAUCUUUAUUUGUAACUCCGACGAAAUGGAUUUCGGAGACGUAGUUUCUGCCAUUAGUGCCGAAGAAGAGCUUCAACUAGGUCAACUAUAUUUUGCUCUGCCUUUGAGCCGACUGAAAUGUAGGCUUCAGGCUGAGGAAAUGGCUGCAUUAGCUGUGAAGGCUAGUUCUGCGUUAAAUAAUAGUGGUGACGGUGAGAAAUGUUUAAUUCUAUUUGAAAAAGGUGGUGGAAAAUUUUCCAAGAAAGUGGUGGAUAACAGUGGUUCUAGAGGGAGAAACAAUCGGGGUGGCAGCGCCAGGAGAAAGAAGUUCACGGCGAAGUUGAGUGCAAUAAAUGAGUAGGGGUAAAAAAAAAUGUGGUGGUGAUCGAUAGGUUAGUUUGUGCGUACGGAUAAUUUUGACCGUGAAGAUUAUUUACAUAGACAAAGAAAUCAAUUGGAGUAAUUUUUUUUUUAUCACUAGUGAUUUGAAUUAUGAUCUUGGAUAUUUUUACUCACUUUGUUAACGGUUACGACACAUCCUUGGGUUUAUAUGUAGAAGGGGUACUAUGUAAAUAGUAGGUUUUGUAAAAGAUCUCGAGGUUACUAUUCGUCUAGUUAGAUGCUGCUUGAUCAAAAUUCGGCGUUUGCUUGCUUUUGGUUUUUAUGUACUGUCAGCCAAUAGAGGGGUUGUAUCGCAAUUUUACUCACAGGUUUUCAUUAUUGGUGGAAGACAUAGGCCCAUUCCAGAUUUAAACUUUCAGAUUUGCAAUUUUACUACAUUUCGUUUAA